AUCUAUGAAUUGUGAGCGGAAGGUUGGAGUUGGAUAACUCAUGAGGUGACGCAAAGUUUUAAAUAAGUUAUGACAGAGAUAUGCAGUUGGUUUUAAAUUGAUGUAGGUGAUAAACAAAAUAUGACCGCCACCUCGACAUUGUACUUAUACUUGUGAAGCGCAGCAAUUACAGUCUGAAGAGUAAGCAGAAGAUGUUGCCAUCAGGAACAGAAGUUGUAGCUCGCUACAACUUCAUUGCAAAGUCAAGAGAGGACCUCUCAUUCACCAAAGGAGAUCUCAUGACAAUAGUCUCUGACACUCCGGAUCCGAAUUGGUUUCGAGCCAAACACAAUGAUGGCAGAGAAGGAUUGAUCCCCUUGAACUACAUACUCAGGAGGGCGGAAGUCAAACUAAAUUCGAUGCCGUGGUUCCACGGGAAAAUUACUCGUGACAAGGCAGAGACGUUGCUCUCACCGAGGGAAGAUGGCCUGUUCUUGGUGCGGGAGAGUACCAACUAUCCAGGCGACUACACGCUGUGUGUGUGCUAUCGUGGUAAAGUGGAACACUACCGAGUGAUUUAUCGUGAGAACCAGCUCACAAUUGAUGAGGAAGAAUACUUCGAAGGUCUUCCACAACUAAUUGAGCAUUACGAAAAUGACGCUGAUGGCCUCUGCACACGGCUGUCGCGCUCUGUGCCAAAGCAAGAUGGAGAACUGGUUAUUGAUCAUCGAGCCUUUGAAAUGGCAGGAUGGGCUAUCAAGAAGCACGACCUUCAGGUUAUCGAAAACAUUGGAAAAGGGGAAUUUGGAGAUGUCCUCCUGGCUAAUUAUAAAGGACAAAAGGUUGCAGUGAAGAAGAUAAAGGAAUCUGGGAAGAACAUGCUUAUCGCGGAGGCAUCACUCAUGACGUCUCUGAGGCACCCCAACCUAGUUCAGCUACUUGGCUUAGUCAUUGAAGACACAUCACUUCAAAUUGUGACCGAGUACAUGUCCAAGGGCUCUCUGGUAGAUUACCUUCGGUCCAGAGGUCGUCUGCAUGUAACAAAGCAGGACCAGAUUAACUUCACAACAGAUACAUGUGCAGGGAUGGCUUACUUAGAAUCUAAACACGUUGUCCAUCGAGACCUUGCAGCAAGGAAUGUCCUGAUAUCAGAAGAUGGCAUAGCAAAGGUCUCGGACUUUGGACUGGCACGUGACGAGAGUGACAAUCUGGAGGGAGGGAAGUUUCCAAUCAAGUGGACAGCACCCGAAGCUCUGAAGUGUAAUAGGUUCUCCAACAAGUCAGACAUGUGGAGUUUUGGUAUCCUGCUCUGGGAAAUAUACUCUUUUGGGCGAGUGCCUUACCCAAGGAUACCUCUUGCAGAUGUGGUUCGACACGUGAGCAAAGGGUACAGGAUGGAGUCACCUGAAGGUUGCCCAACAGAAAUCUAUGAACUGAUGAGAUCUGCAUGGCAGGAAGACCCUGAUAAACGUCCCACCUUUGCUGAUGUCCUACGCAAACUAGAAGGACUGCGCAAUGAAGUCAUGUGACCUCAAGGAAAUCCUUCCGCCCCACAGUCUUAUCAUGAGGAGCAGCACUCUGCAAAGGACAGGAGUUUGCCUCAACCUCCUGACUCAGGGGAAGCAGUUGAACCUGGCCAAACGAGUGGGGAGAAAGCACCUCUGCAGAAAGACUGGUUUACGACCGCAUUUGGUGCCUUCCUUUUGAUGCUCACAGCAUAUCUUCAAACUAUGAGUGUGCCACGUGCAUAGGUGGUCUUUCACUACAUUGACAGUCAGCUACAGUAACCAAUGUCCUUGGCUGAUGCUCCAUUCAUUUGCAUGUUUGGCAACAGCUUUCUCAUUCUCUCCAUGAGCGUACGAUCAGAUUAUGUGGAUUGUUACAUUUUUAUCGUAAUUUAAUUCAGUCCUUCGUGAGUUAUCGUAGUAACCGUACCUACCGCAGAGGAUCUCUAAAACAAGUCCAGCUUAGCCUUUCUGUUAAGCUUUUUAUUGAAUGCUUUUGCACGUAUGUUUAUUUUAAUUGGCCUGCUUGUCCCCAGGGCAGCACUUUGAAAGUGGCAUUGUACAUAUCAGGACCGUUCUUAGCGUCAGGUACAUCUGCUCUUAUAUACACGAUUCGUAUGAACAGCCAGCCAUCCGAAUGUAAUGAAUGCUUUGGUCUAUUUUUUUAGCUUCCUUUACAAUAAUUGCAUUCAGGAGGAAGAAAGCACUUCUCACGAGGCACAGUCACAUGACAUGCAUGCAGCCAUGGCGUUUGGCAACAAGUGAAUGGGAGGUGUAAGCAUAGAAUGCUUUUGGUAUGAACAUUUUUUAAAAGCAGUCAAUCACGGUGUCCAAAAUCACAGUUUGACUAUACAUGUCAUGUUCAACUCUCACUGUCUGUUGCCCAAUAUUGUGAAAGCAAUCAUUUAGCCUUUACGGCAGUUGUCCAUGGCUGGGGAUUUGAUUGUUUCCGUGUUUGAUGUCUAAGAACUAGAAGCCGUCAAUGUUGUUGCACACUUUUGUUAACAUUCUGGGGCAGGUACUGCUACUUACUACUUUACCAAGGGCAUUCACCUAUCAUGUUACAUUAAAAGUCGACGCCCCCCCCCCAUUUAGUGGGGGGUCUGAGCCCGUGAACUUCCCGUGUCUGCCGUAUUUCUACAAGCCAUGCCUAAGGCAGUUAGUGCAAGUAAAGUAUGAUAAAGCUGCUUUGCUAGCCUCUUCUAAGGUCUCUCUCUCUGCUUUGUAUAUAGUUCACAACCCACAGCAUGACUGAAAAAACUUGCCACGUGUAGAACAAAUGAGCAGUUACUGCAUUCCAUUCUGUGUGCUCUCACUUCCCAAUUCCAAAGAGGUCAUGUAACAGCGAAGGUUUUCUCUAGGCUUAAUUCAGUUGUGGAAAGUCACUUGCUCAAAUCGUGUGAUAAUAAAAAAUUUUGAGAAGCUUGACAUCAAAGUAACAUCACUCCGUCUGUUAGUAAUGUAAUGGUCAGACCCGCGCGGUGAGCUGCCGGAGAAGCAAAAGUAGAAAGUUGUGCGUUGAGAACUUGAGAUUAAAUUACACAGACUCAAUAUAUAUGUCAUUGUACAAUAGCUCACACGUGACAAGUCUACUACGGCAAGAAACCGUCUGAUACAGUGCGUCACUCGUGUUUCGUGCUUCCCUGUUCAUUUUGCUAUGUUGAAAGACCGCGCAUUACAAGGAAAUGCACAUACUCUGUGUACCGAGCUUAGCACUGCUCAGUUUUACAAAAUCUGAAAAGCACCCGUGUGCUUUAUAGUUGAACACAGUGCAACCAGUUUUUACACCAUGGUCUUGAAACCUUUCUCUUUUGUAUAAAAGAUGCCAAAAGGGGGACGCCCUAACGAGUUCUUUUUUUACGAUUAUGGUUUUGUGCAUACUGUGCCUUCACUAUUUGCUUCCAAAUACUAAGUGUUUCUCGCUUCAUUAUCCAAGAGUGCCUGUGGCAUCUCUCUUCCUUACUGCCAGCUACUUCAGUGCAUGCUCGGAAGCAUGUGUUUUCUUGUAUGUGUGUUUUUAUUUUUAUUUUUUAGACACAUCUUGUUAGUAUUCUUACGACUUGCCUCAGUCUGAAACGGUUGGCUCCAGAGCAACAUGCUGAUGAACCUGUGCUAUUCCCUGAUGACCUCACAAGAAAAAAUCAGUGGAAAAAAAAUUAUGAAAAAAAAAAUUGCGUCCAAAUAUUGGGUACUGUACGCUUUUUCAAUAGCUUAGUCUCCAACUUGUGCUCUCCGUACUUUAAAAGGUGGCAGUUAAAAUCUUAAAUGCGCAGUUGUUCCAUUCCUAGCAGACUUUUGUAUGGGCGUUUCAUACAAGAUUUUGAAGUGUCCUUUUCACGUGGUGCAUGCCUAGCGAGUACGCAACUGAAGUAGGAGUGGUGUUCAAGUCACGUUUUGCAUUCACAUGAUAUACUUACUCAAUUUCCAGUGCGAUCUGCCGGUUUGUACAAGUCGUGUCUUUUGUAAAGUUUGUGUACAUUAUGAAACAGCAGGCAAUGUGGUGAACAGCCAGAAACGGUUUUGUAAUACUUUAGAUUGUAAAUUACUAAUAAACAGUGUGCAAAAACUGAAAA